AUGUUCGAGAUAGAAUUGAAUGACAUAAUCAAGUCGAGCCUGAAAAGUGCAAAAGAAAGUGAGUCCAGGAAGGAGAGAUGUUCUGAGAUUGAGAGUAUCUUGGAUAGUGGUUGUAUCUCGAUCAAUGCGAUGAUUGAAUACUACGACGAAUACUGGAAAUCCAGGAUAUCCUUGAAACACUUGCUAUCGCCCUUGCAGUUUAAAUUUAAGACAAAGCAUGUUCCAGGAUCUCGCUAUAGUCCUGAAUUUAAAAGAGAAUUAGAGAAAUUGGAUUUGAGACAGCAGGAAAGCUCGUACCAGGAAUUGGUCAAGAAGAGCAAUUUAAAUGGUAGUGCAUAUGGAGCCGAUACAGACUCCCUCACUCCAUCACAGAUGGCCAAGGAGAUAAGAGAACAGAUAACCACCGUAUUCAACGUGCUGGUCAGUGUGGUGUCCGUGGUGUUUGCCGUGUGGUACUGGUCAGGCAGUUCAACUUGGCUGCCACUACAUUAUCGGGUGAUAUUGUGCUUGUUUUUCGGAAUUCUCAUUCUAGUUGCAGAAUUGGUUGUUUAUAAUAGCUAUUUGAGAAAGAUCAGCGAUGCAAAGGAGAAGGAACGGGCCAAAAUAGAGAAGAAAAAGGUUGUAAAGGAAAUCGUAAUAUGA